UCUGUUUUUCAAGCUUUUCUCGGAUAUACUGGACUUAUUUCACUCUUAAUAAGGUAUAAUUUUAUGAUGUUCUAUGCUUGUUUGUUUUUCUUACUCGUUUUUAUUAGAACAUGCUUCAAUGCUUCAUUGUUUCACCAAACAUGAUUUACUAUCCUGUGGACUUAGGGAAUAUGCAUGUCACUCUUAGUAUUGAAAUAAUUCAAUUUUAAUACUGGAGCUAACUCGUAUUAGCAUUGUGAUAAGAGAGGACAUAUCAAAUUAAACAUUGAGACUAUAACUAUAGUAAGUUCAUGCAAAUGUAUUUUUAAUGGGGUUCCCAUGUGAUAGGUUUGUAAAAAAAUUCCCCUGCUUGCCUCCUCCAGACAGUGUUUGGCAAUUUUGCUCUAAAUAUAUUUACAUUAGCUGAAUAAGAAAUGUAUUUUGAAGUACUUUAUAAAUACUUUAGAAGGAAAUCCUAUAUAUUAUUUGGCUGUUCAAUAACUAAGUAGGAAUUUGAAGUAUCAAUUUGAAGAUUAAACAUUGUAAAUAAAAGUAGUAUACAAAUUGAACAAAGUAGGAGACAGGAUUCUGGUAACAUAGAACAAGCUGAAUCGCCUUUUAUAAGAUUAGUAUUAUAAAUAAAAGUAGUAUACAAAUUGUAUAGUUGUGAUUGCAAGGAGGGUACACUACAAACAUAAGAGUAACCACUUGAUUUCUAACAAAAACUAUAGUCAUGUUAUCUACUUUCAAAGAAGAAAUGAAAGAGGCUCAAGAGCUUUGCUCAUUAUUCCGACAUGUGAUAUAUUCUUGAUGUCAAUUUCGUUAAUCGUUAAGUGAUGAACUUACUAACUUUGUGAAUUGAAUUCGCCGUAGGGGUUACUUGUGAAGAGUGAAAGUUUGACCGAUUUUGUUUAGCUUAAUUAAGACAUGGAUAAGACAUGGAUGAAUUCAAACCGAUUGUCGAAACAGUACGAGAAAGGGGUAUGGGAAUUCGUUGAGUUUGCGGUUAAGCACUCCGAAGACCCGCUUCGAAUGCCGUGUCCUUGCUUGGGUUGCUGUUAUGGGGGUAAGGUUGACGGGGAACAGUUGGGAUCCCAUUUACUACGGUUUGGAAUUGAUAGAAGUUAUACAUGUUGGACAAUGCAUGGUGAGAAAAGUAACGGGAAUGCUGAGUCGAGGUGUAAUAGGAAGUAUGCUUCAAACGACGAUUGCACAGACACAUACGAUUGCGAUCGAGUCGAAGAGAUUGCAGAAGCGCUUGAAGAAGAUCUUGCGGAUUGUCCCAAAAUGUUUGAGAGGUUGGUAAGCGAUGCAGAGAAACCGUUGUAUGAUGGUUGUUCAAAAUUCACAAGAUUGUCUGCGGUGUUAAAGUUGUACAACUUAAAGGCGGACAAUGGAUGGUCGGAUAAAAGUUUCACAGAGUUAUUAGCCCUUAUGAAAGAUAUGCUACCAGAGGAUAAUGUUCUUCCCAAUCGAACGUAUGAAGCCAAAAAGAUGUUGUCCUCUAAUGGCAUGAGCUAUGAUAAGAUACAUGCAUGUCCAAACGAUUGCGUUUUGUUUCGAAACGAGUAUGCAGCGUUGAAUGAGUGUCCUAAAUGUGGUGCCCCUCGAUAUAAGAAAAAGUUGUCUCCUGCUAAAGUCUUAUGGUAUUUUCCUAUAAUUCCGAGAUUUAGACGCAUGUAUCGUAGUGAGACCGAUUCAAGACACUUGACUUGGCAUGCAGAUGAAAGAAUUAUUGAUGGAAAGUUGCGACAUCCGGCAGACUCACCACAAUGGAUGAAAGUUGAUACUGAUUAUCCUGAAUUUGGAAAAGAAGCAAGAAACCUUCGGUUGUCAUUGUCUACUGAUGGAAUGAACCCGCAUGGUAUUCAAAGUAUCUCGCAUAGCACAUGGCCUGUGAUUCUUAUGAUCUAUAACCUACCUCCGUGGCUAUGUAUGAAGUGUAAGUACAUGAUGUUAUCUAUGCUAAUUUCUGGGCCUAAACAACCAGGGAAUGACAUAGACGUAUACUUGGCACCGUUAAUCGAAGAUUUAAAGUUUUUGUGGGACAACGGUGUGGAGGUUUACGAUGGGUAUAGGAAGGAAAGUUUCAACUUGAGGGCGAUGUUGUUUGGAACAAUUAAUGAUUUUCCAGCAUACGGAAAUCUAUCCGGGUACAGCAAUAAAGGUCAAAAGGCGUGUCCCGUUUGUGAAGAUGAAACCGAUACGACACGAUUGGAGCUUUGUCAGAAGAAUGUCUUUCUCGGCCAUCGUAGAUUCUUAAAUUCUAAUCAUCACUACCGUGGGUGGAGAAAAGCAUUCAACGGAAAUUCUAAUCCCACACUGGUUGCUGCUUGCUAUCAACCCUAUAAGGGAAGUCGUGUAUUAUCUGAAUUCGGUAAAUGGUGAAUGGACCAAUUAUCCGGCCAUGAAGGACAUCGUUGAUUUGUAAGUGGGAUCGUUCUAAAUAUAUAUUCGUGUAUAUUUAUAUAUUUACUUAUUUGUGGGAUUGAUCUAAACAUAUGCUUUUAUAUAUUUGUUAAUUAGAUCAAUACAAGUGUUCCGAAGUCAACGGGACGCACAGGUAUCCCGAACUAAAUCUAACAACAUUACUUGGAUCCAAGUGCAGUGUCCGCAACAGCGAAACAGUUACGAUUGCGGAUACUUUGUUUUGAGGUAUAUGAAAGAAAUCCUUCAGGCGAAUCAAUUAGAGAUUCCGCUCACGUACCUUGACGAAUUCCGUGCUGCUGCGUACCCGAAGCUUAAGUUGGAAGAAAUCAAAGAAGAUUUGUGUCAAUUUUAUAUUAAGCGCUUUUUCAUGUAGGAUUUGUGUCGAUUUGAACUAUAAUAUUAUUGAUGUUGUAAUGAUGUAUAUAUAUAAUUUUGGAUAUUAUAAUGGUAUUAUAUUAGUAUAUAUAUAUUGUCUUACUGAUGGCUGAAAUAAUAUCGUCGAAAA